CGAACGGCUGCUGCCUACCAUGAAGGAUCCUCUAUUCAUGAUCCCUCUUGAUCCGAGACAAAAGCAUUGGCUAAUCCGGCAUGGCCCAACUUAAGGUUAUUCCUCCAUAUGGCCGUUGUGAAUCAAUCCCCAGUAGAGUGUGCAACUACAUUCUGCUGACCCACUGAGGCCCACAGUUCGGAUACGCAUACGCGAUGAACCAUAACCCCUUUAAGCACCUCUGGCGUUCUCUUUUCUACAUCCGGUAUAGUUUUCGAGAUCGUGUUUAUAGUAUUCUAUGAAAUUUUCUUUUUUUAACGACCCCAAAUAUGUGGCAGGAACACUCCUCGACCUUUAAAUAUGGAUCCAGUCAAGCUCAAAGAACUUCAGUCAAUGAAUCCAUUAACAAUAAAAAUCGGUUCACUUGAGGCAAUAUGACAGCACUACAACCCCGAGACGGCUUCAAACUAUUCUACUAUGACCCAUCCCUUGCAGCAGCAGUAAUCUUCAUCAUCUGUUUUCUGGCAACCACAAUAUUACAUACAUACCAGCUUUUUCGAACAAGAACGUGGUUCUUCAUACCGUUUCUGUUGGGUGGUUAUUUUGAAUGGGUAGGAUAUGUUGCACGUGCCGUGGCCUGUAACCAAACGCCCAACUGGACACUUGGACCGUACAUCGUACAAGCCGUUCUGACUCUGGUGGCGCCAGCCUUGUUCGCAGCCAGCAUCUACAUGGAACUGGGCAGAAUGAUCGUCGUCCUAGGCGCAGAAAAGCACAGUAUGAUCCGCGUCAAAUGGAUGACCAAGAUCUUCGUGGCGGGAGAUGUCUUGUCCUUCCUUAUGCAAUCCGCCGGAGCCGGAAUGAUGGGUGUAAAAUCCAAGAUUUCUGAGAAUGGACCGAAUAUUAUCGUCGGCGGUCUUGUCGUCCAAAUCAUUUUCUUCGGCUUCUUCAUGAUAUCAUCUGCAGUCUUUCAUAUGCGUAUGAACCGUGAUCCUGUAGCGGAUGGCGGUGCUGGCUUCAACUGGCGACGCCUUCUUUAUGCGCUCUAUGGUGCUAGUGCUCUUAUUCUCAUCCGGUCCAUCUUCCGUCUUAUCGAAUAUGCGCAGGGAAAUGGUGGGUACUUGGUGGCGCAUGAGUGGUUCAUGUAUAUUUUCGAUGCAUUAUUGAUGUUUGGAACGAUGUUGAUCUUCCAUGUCGAGCAUCCUAGUGAGCUGAAUGCGUGGUUAAAAGGCAGUGGCGUUGUCUGUAGGGGCAUAAUUCGAUUCGAGAGGAUUGGGGGGAGUGGCAUGAUGAUGUCCUAG